AUGUCAUCUUCAGUGCCAUAUGAUCCAUACAUUCCCAAUCAAACAACGGGUGAGCAGUCUAAUUCUAGAACUGCUGCCAUUCAAGCGCAAAUCGAUGAUACGGUAGGGGUAAUGAGGGAUAACAUCAACAAAGUUGCUGAAAGAGGAGAGAGGUUGGACUCGAUUGAAAACAAGACCGAUAAUUUAGCGAUUAGCGCUCAAGGCUUUAGAAGAGGCGCCAACAGAGUGCGCAAAGACAUGUGGUGGAAAGAUUUCAAAAUGAGGUUGUGCCUUAUUUUAGGUGUGAUUAUAAUCUUGAUUGUUAUCAUCGUGCCGAUUGCGGUUCAUUUCAGUUGA